CGAUAUUAUCAUCCCUGUUACCGAUAUCUAUCGAACAGCUGUGCUUUUUGCCUUCUUUUUUCGCAUCCGUUCACGCAAUUGUUGCUGAUCGACGAACAGACGCUACAGAAUGGCUCCCAGAAAGGCUAAAGUUCAAAAGGAAGAGGUCCAGGUCCAGCUGGGACCCCAGGUUCGCGAUGGAGAGAUCGUCUUCGGAGUGGCUCACAUCUAUGCCAGCUUCAACGACACCUUCGUCCAUGUUACGGAUCUGUCGGGCCGUGAAACUAUUGCCCGUGUCACCGGCGGUAUGAAGGUCAAGGCCGAUCGUGAUGAGGCUUCUCCCUACGCCGCUAUGUUGGCCGCCCAGGAUGUGGCUGAGAAAUGCAAGACCCUGGGAAUCACCGCUCUGAACAUUAAGCUGCGUGCCACUGGUGGCAACAAGACCAAGACCCCCGGACCCGGUGCCCAGUCCGCCCUCCGCGCUCUGGCCCGUUCCUCCAUGAAGAUCGGUCGCAUCGAAGAUGUGACUCCCAUUCCCUCGGACUCCACCCGCAGGAAGGGAGGUCGUCGUGGUCGUCGUCUGUAAAUUUGGGUUAAAGGUGCCGGCGCUCUAUUGUUCUUUUCCCCAAGCUGCGUUAAUUUUUUUUGUACAACUUAAAAUACAGCAUAAAUGUAGAAAUAAAGAAUGGAAAUGAAGAGUGCAACCAGA